AGAUGUCAUGGCGUCUGUGGGGCUGAAGCUGGAGCUGCAAUUAAGCUAGCUAAAAGCUGUCGACAGUGUGUAAAUCGAAAUGGAGAAAAAUUCAAAUCUGCAUCGAGAUGUUGGAGGAAGUACUCUAUGUGCUACUAUUGCAGGAGAAAUGGGCGAUAUUAAAACAGUUGGCGGAAUGAAGGGAGUGACCGAUACGUGCAAGAAUAGUGAGCGUUCUCUCAGUACUUUGGGUAGUUGUACUACUAGCUCCAGUAGUGCUCCUAGCACUGCUAGUAAUGCUAUCUCCAGUGUUGAGAAAUUAAAUAUGCCAGAAAUGUUUCUCCCGGUGCAAGAGAAGAACAUUCAAUCGAGUGGUUGGUCGGAGACAUUGUCCUCUGGAUCUGGAGAUCAUUUGAGUAACGGGAUGGGAAAUGGCUCGCAUCUGGCUACAGGAAAUAGCGAGGGUGCCACCUCAAAGUUAGUAAACAACAAAACGGAUGGCGAGCCCUCCUCGAUGGGGGAAUCGGGGGCAAGGAUUACAGAUGAUCAAGCUGAGGUUUCUGUUUGUGCGUCAGUUGAACCAGUGAAGCUGGCAAAACCGACACACCUAUGUCCGGACAAAACAAAUACGGGAAACGUCAAAUGUGGAGUUGCGAUUGACAAUACCAUAUGCGAGGGUUUGCCGAGUGGGAGUGACCCGUGCAUCGCGGCAGAAUCUAGGAGCAUCGACUCACUUGAGUCCUUCUCAAACCUCAACUCCUGUCCCAGUUUCGAUCUCAACAGUGACGGGUUGGAGGACAGGGGGCUGGCCUUAACACUACAGAGCGAGUAUGGGGCUGAUGGAACUAAGAUCCCGUGCACCAAGGACCGGGGCGCUGGCCAGUCCAUAUACCACAUCAAGUGGAUCAAGUGGAAGGAGGAAAACACACCUAUCAUUACCCAGAACGAGAACGGCCCAUGCCCAUUGCUGGCAAUUAUGAAUGUCCUAUUGCUGGCAUGGAAGGUAAAUUACUGACCUCAUGACCGGACCUCUGAGACAAGUUUACAUUUGGAACAUUUCCAAAUCUAUUAUUUGUCAAUACUAUAUUACUAAUAGAGGUCAUUCUAAAGCUGGUCAUCAUAACUAAACUAAAUAAAUCUGUUGUAUUAUCAGUUUAAAAUCAAAAUUGAAUGAUCAGUAGUAAAAUAAGCUAUUGUCACCUGACAUAAUAUAGAAUGCCAUGAAAAGUUAAAGAUUCAUAAAGAAUCUUCCUUCAUUUGGGCAGAAUUGAAGUUAAAGUUCAAAUUGUACCACUCAUAUGCACUCAUCUUUAUUUUCUCUUAAUACUCAAUUACAGUCAUUUUAUGAUGGAGCUUGUUGACAUAAGUCACAUUGACCAAUUAUACCAUAGACCCAAUUGUAUAUAUUUUCCCUGUGCUGUGGCCUUGGCAGCUCAGUCCCUCUCUUAUAAGUAGUCUCUGACAGCGUCCAAUUGAGUCCUGUUUAAGCCUCUGGUUUAAUUUACAUCAUAAAGAUAACGUUUAAUUACUGUCAGUGACGGUUGGUUGGUUGGCAGGCAGUGGAGAUUCUGAUUCGGUAUGUGGCUUCACAACUUAAACUGCAGCUCUGUGUCUGUGGUGUCUGAAACCUUCCCUAAAACUUCACUACCUACUGUGAAAAUGGGUGCCAUGAAAGUGACUGUAAACAGAAUUCUUUGCUUCAAACGCCUGUCUGUGUGCUGACAGUCGUGCAACCGCUGACAGUACACUUCUGGUGACUUUAAACACAGCUUUCCACUUCCCAGGUGUGGGUGUAUUUACUGUGAACCAUAAUCAUGGGGGAGGGAGAUGCCUGUCUGCCAGGUUCUAUUGGCCUGGCUAACUUUAGUCAUAUUGCUUGGUUUGUUAAAUAAUGUAUGUGGUUCCAUUACAGGUGAAGAUGCCACCAAUGAUGGAGAUCAUAACUGCUGAACAGUUGAUGGAAUAUCUUGGUGAGUAUAAGUGAGAAUCUGUCUACGAAACCAAAGACCGAAUGUCAUAUAAAUCAGUGACCUGUGCUUUAGUUGCCCUCCUGGAGGGUGAAGUGUACAGUUUAUGACCUGUAUUUUAAGCAUGGUAAAAAUACAAGCCACCUUGACAGUGCUCAAAGGGAUGGAGAAUACUGUAUUUUUCUUUGGUUUUGUACCUACCGAGAAGGUCCAUGUCACAAAUUGCUAGUCUGGCAGUACAUUUAGUACACCAGUGCAGUGGAGCAUUGAGCUGUAGUAGAAACUAGCCUGGGAAGUGCAAUGUGACCUUAAUGACAGAGUACUGGAGGGCUGUAAUUAUGUCCCACUGCCUGGGAAGGCAUUACUGUAUGAAUAAUCACAGGACCUGCCUCACUGCCUGCCUGGCCCCUCAGUCUUAUUUUACUAAUUUACUCGCCUCCCUUCAGUAGACUGUGGAUUUGCUGCCUCUCCUAGCUUUAGGAUAAAUUACUAUAUUUAAUAUGGAUUUCAUAUAAUUUAAGCUAUGGCACACAGUAAUUGCAUAGCUGCUGUGAAAUCACCCAUAUACCAAUAUUACCUGAGUUGUCGUUCUACAUCCCAGAUAAACUAAACCUCCACUUGAUUUUUAGCCAGUGAAUACAAUGGGUGCGUUUGUAAAUUCACUCUAGGGUCAGAGUGCGCUCUGGCCGUGGAGUAGGGUUGAUCCGAGCGUUCUGAGCUCAGAACAGCAGUCAAGCACCCAAGCUAACUGGCUAAAGUUGGCUAGCUUGCUAGCUACUUCCAGACACAAAAAGAGAGCACCUCUCUCUGAACAUUUUACUUGCCCUAGCAGAGUUGGUUAGUGUUUCAUGAUAUCAGGAGGGUUAGUGACUUCAUCCGGGUUACUGUCAACAAUUUAAUAAAAUGUUUUAGCCAAUGUUUACUUACACCUGUCAUAACAACCGAGUUUAGGGUGUUCGUAAAUUCCUAUAUUAUUCUUCGCUCUGACACUCAAACUUGCUCUGAAAUCAGAGUAGAUUGCCAGGUUGAAUUUACUAACGCACCCAAUAAAUGAAUUGGAUUUACAGUAUUUUGGAAGAUACUGUAAUAAAUUCAAUACUCUACAUGGGUCAUUUUACACAUACUGGUCCUCACCAAGCUGCUAGACCUGCCCUCAGAAGAGUGCAUAUGUACUUGUAUACCCGUUAGUGAUACACCUGCAGUCCCCACAGAUAGGGUGGGUGGGUGGGUUUAGGGUCAUAAAAUGUUGUAUGGAUGAAGGGCGGGCGGGUUGGAUAAAGAGAAACUAUGCAUAAAAAAAUCCAUAAAUGUAUAGUUCUUGUGCAAUUCAUAUCUAUAGACUACAUUUAGGUUUUUCUUUCAUUCUUUUUAUCUGGCGUUAGUGUGUAGCCUAAGCUUUGGGGCCUAACUGUAGCCCCUAAAUACACGCCAAUUGCCAAAUGCAUUUGGGAACUUGGGCAGAAAAAGUUAAGAUCGAUCCAUUGAGGCAAAAAGGACAAUGUCAGAGUUUAAUUCAAUAAUAAUUUAGAAAAGCUGCGAAAUGGAGAGUUGAUGUUUGGGGAAAAUGUAGUGAAGUGGUAAAAGAGGAUGAUAGCAGUUCUGGCUAUGUGAUGUGUGAUGAUUGUGAGGCUCUAUACAAAUUCGACAGUCACAAGACGGGGACUUCAAAAUGGCACAUCAAGGGAACUGUACUGUUCAGAUUGGUUAAAUGAAAUAGUAGCCUAACUGAAAUCUGGACACUGACUGUAGGUCUAUAACCUCUCACAUUGCCUAAUAUAAUAUUAACUCCUGCAGAAUUAAGCAUUUCUUGCAGUAAAAUGAUACACCAAAUAUACAUUUUCAAACGGGAACAUGAAUGGAGAAUAUGUGUUGGAAGCGGCUUAUGGUAGAGAAAAUGUACAUUAAAUGCUCUGGCAACAACUCUAGUGGACAUCCCUGCAGUCAGCAUGCCAAUUGCACGCUCCCUCAAAACAUCUGUGGCAUUGUGUUGUGUGACAAAACUGCACAUUUUAGAGAGGCCUUUUAUUGUCCCCAGCACAAGGUGUACCAGUGUAAUGAUCACGCUGUUUAAUCAGCUUCUUGAUAUGCCACACCUGUCAGGUGGAUGGAUUAUCUUGGCAAAGGAGAAAUUCUCACUAACACUAAAUUUGAGGGAAAUAAGCUUUUUGUGCGGAUGGAACAUUUCUGGGAUCUUUUAUUUCAGCUCAUGAAACAUGGGACCAACACCUUACAUAUUUUUGUUCAGUAUAGAUUGAAUGCUUCAAUCUAUCGAUUUAUAACAUUAUUCUGGUGAGCAAGGGUUGAUUUAGUCUUCUAGGGCAACAAGUAAUUACAGAAGAGAAGCUGCCUGUAUCUAAUUAUAGACAAGUUGACAAACAGCCUACCAAAAUGUCGCAAAUUAUAAGCAGAAACAUAGGCAUAUCUAAAAAAUGCCUGUCAAAAAAUCUUCCAUCUUAGACUGUACAACGUAUUUUCUAUAUUUGUGGGUUAGGGUCGGGUGCGGGCCUCAGAUUUUCAUCAGCGGUUGCGGAUGGGAAUAUUAGCAAUUGCGGGCGGAUGAAGAAACAGCUCACCCGCGCAUCGCUAAUACCCAUGUCUGUGGACCAAGCCCCUGCUAACGUCAGGGAAACAGGAGCUGUGUUCUUUCUCCAUGCGUGGGACGCUGACACCACUGCCUCCCUCCAUAGCUGGGUGCUGUUAUGAUGUAGAACCAGGGGUGUCCUGUUACUAAAGGCAUUCUCAUCCAAGCUAUAGAGAAAAAAAAUCCCUGUCACUAUAGCCAAGUCCUCUUUUCAUGGCAGUGGUCAGUUUGGCUUCAAUUUUACAAGCUCUAAUUCUUUGACUGGCGCUAUGACUAGUGUCCAGUUUUGAGUGUGUUCUAGCUAAAUGCAUCAUAUAAAGACUGUUAGGCGUCAAUAACAACUCUAACUAUAAGGGAAAUGGAGCCACCAGCUGCUGAGUUCUGAGAGAGGCCAGAAGUCCUGAAAUGUAUCCACAUUAGUCAUGCCAUGGGAGUUGUUUACUUUCAUAUGGUCAUUUGGGGCUUCAGUAUAGAGGUCAGUUUGUACCAAAAGACUCCUGACUGUUUGUGCUACAUUGUCCUACAUUCUGCAUGUGAUUAGCAGAUUCAACUGGUUUUGAUUUAAUCUGUAUUAAUCAUUAUGGGCCAAGACACAGACUGUCGUUAAUUUAUGGCUAAGGAUAUUUCUCACCAUGGUUUAAUUACAGUUUACUCUGUAGUGCUUAAUUGGGGGACAGAUUAGUUAGUUAGCUACCAAGAUAGAAUAUAAACAGCAAAAUGUGAUUGGGAAACAGAGGGAUGAUUCUUCAUUGUCAGGAAAUAUAACUCAAAUGUUGACUUAACUUCUCAUGAAUGUGUUUUGUACCAGGGGUAAUAAUGAUUAUAUGCAAUAACGUUGUUACCUUUUGGUUAGAUGUUACAUUUCUUGGAUGCAUUGGCUACGAAAAUGUAAUUUAGAAUUAGUCAUUGUGUCUGUUAUUGAACUCUGUUAAUGGAAUGGCCUAAUGUUUCCUCCCCACAGAAUCUGCCUUUGUGAGUCCAUAGCACUUGGUAUCCAUUACUGAUCAAUUAUAAUUGAAUUGCAUGCAUUAGUUUGGUUCAUUUUGCUGGAAGAAAAAGCAUCAUUUACCAUGUGUGCAUUUCAUUGUCAGACUACACUCUGACCAGGCAAAUCUAAUUUGACCUUCCCCAAAUACUUUUUUAUAAGAGAGGAGGAAAGCAAGAAACUGUAAACUGUACCCUGCUGGUCAACUGACAUGAAACCCUAAGAGAGGAGACCAUUCAGACUGACCCAAAGCAUUAGCAAAUUGAGAGAAACAUAGUUGCCAUCUUUAGAUAUUCUCUUAGAGGUAGCCUAAUGUGUGGAUCUGAUGGAACACAGAACUCACUCCAACCUCAUAGCUAUAUGUUCAACACCAGUAAGAAGCCACAGAGAGGCCUUACCCCCUCUUCCAACCACUCAGGGCCCUCUCCCCCACUGUGCCCCAGAUGGAGUCCCCUGAUUGCUCCCUCUGCAGCUCUGCACCUUGCUUAUCUGCUCCUACAGAUGCCCAUGGUUGAUUCCAAGUUCUCAGUGUAAAAACAUUCCCUGUCUCUUUCGAGCAACCUGACUCACAGUGAGCACUUACAUUUACAUUUUAGUCACUUCAACCCUUCUGCAAAUCACAGGUGACAAGCUUUUCCGACUGUCAUGUUAGAUUUCCUCUGAGGAAUGCUCAUGGUUGUAGCCAUCCCACUUCUGUACAUUGCUGACCUUUAACUGCAUUAUUCAGGCUAUGUAUGUGCGUAUCAACCCAGAUAUGCCUGUGAGCCGUCUCUGCUCUUCUUUCACAAGAGUGCCCAUAAAUUGCAGCUCUGUGUUUGUGGCGACGGCUUUGUCUUUACUCCAGCUAGUGUCUGAUGGCUCAUAAUGAAUGAUUUGGGCCCUGGUCAAACCAUUAAUCGUGUGUAAUGUCCAGGAACAGGCAGAUAGGCCUGUCUCCUAGCCUCACUACGCACAGUUAUUGUUUCAUGCCCAGCCAAAAAACAAUGGCUUGUGAGAAAGAGCUGCUCACAAAGAGCCCCAUUUAACGUGGGCUGAUUCAGAUGCUUUAUUAAUAACUACUGUGAGGCCCAUAAGGGCAGAAGUGGAGGAGAUGUAUGUUGUAUUAAAGAGGCUGCUGGUCGAUGUUGGGAUUUAGUACUCCGUGGGGCAUGCCAGUGAAUCAGCAGCAGCAGUAGAGGCCCAGGCAGGGAGGGCACAGUCUACAGUCAGCUGGCAGGGAACAGGGGGCAGGCGGAGGGAGGGAGAUAGGGGGGUAUGGCCGGGGGUUUCCCUGGGCAUAGAAAUGUCCGAGUCAGUUGACUGGCCUCAGCUGGGUGCAUUCUUGGCCUGGGCUGAGGAAGCCUGUGUCUGAGGAGAAGAUAUGGAGAUGAAAUCAGAGUAGCUCCCCGGCUCUCAAACACACUGACCACUGGCUCACUUUGCUAAAGUAAGAAAGCAAUCGUUGGAUUAUGAGAAAAGGCCUAUUUUAGUUUUUCAGAUAUAAAAGUCUCACAGAAUCGUUAUCUUGUAACAUCAAAUAUCUCGCAAUUGGGUAUGUUUUCGACAGUGAGAGACUGUGUUGCUCAGAGAGGGGAGGGUGGAGUUGGGUGCAAUGUUAAUGGGUGGAUGACAGGUGCACUGUGAUUAGCACCACAGGGCUCUCACUCUCUGUGGUGGUUGACUGACUUUGCAAGGCUCUCCCUGCCUGCCCCAUUGGCUGCUCUUCCUAGGUCCUACACUAAGCCCUCAACACCUCUCUAGCGGCUCCCCACUGGCCGGGGCUCGACUAACCCUGCAUGCCUGGCCGAGCCCUUCUUGGAAAAAUAGCUGGCCAGCGCUUAACACUCCACACCCCACUUCUCACUGAGGAUUAGACACUUCUUAUGGAAUCAGAACGCAGUCGAUAAUAUCACCUCUUUACAUGUGAUUGACGUAAGCAGACGGUCCGUAAGCUUUGUGAUGUCAGUGGUGAGAGGGCAGGGCACUACCCUGAUGAUAUUUUCACAGCUCCCCUGUGUGUCUGUGGCUGCUUUAAUUAGCCUGUAUCCCCAGGACCUCUGAUGUUGCUUCCUCCUCUCUCUCUCUCUCUCUCCCCUGCAGGAGACUACAUCCUCGAUGCCAAGCCGAAAGAGAUCUCUGAAGCCCAGCGGCUAAACUAUGAGCAGGUAAGGACUGUUGUUGCCUAAACACAAUCAAUAAGGGCAGUUAUUCACUGUUCAUAAGCAUGUCUGCCGGUCCAUCUCUCUUGUGUCUGUCUGUGGCUCAUGUUGGAGAAUCAGACGGGCAUGCAGGAUGAGCGAGGAGGCUGGGAGGGAGAGGCAGGCAGGCAGGCUAGACUGUUGAGUACCCCUCCUCUCCCUCUUAGAUCUCUGAUGGCAGAGCAGCAGCCAAAAAGCAAAAGCAGCAUCACACUAUUAACUCACACCACGCCAGGGGGGCUCACUUGUUCUCACUUCUACACCUAAAAUAUCCCUGCCUGCCGUUUAGUGACUGCAGUUCCUGUCCUCUUCUAUUCUAAUAGGCAACGAUGCAGUGUUAAGAUGAUGACUAUUUAUAACGGUCAUGUGCAUCUGCGUCAGUGCAUUUGCACAACAUUUGCAUUGGGAAUGAAUCUCCAGAAAGACCAAUGAAUGUAUAUUUAUGUUAGAUGAAAAUAAGCAGCGUGAUGAUUAGGGUUAUAUGUCAGGGAAAAAACAGCCCACUGCCCUGGAGCUGCGUUUAGCCCCUAUAUAGGUUACAUAAGCCGCGUCUUGCCAGGCCCACGGCACAGCACGGGUCAUGAGGGGCAGAUCGUGUCUCUUCACAUCGCUGUGGGAGGGUGCUCAGGGAUGCACGGCUGUUCAGAUCGAGGCCAGCGCUGGGGCUCUGAGUGGCUGACAUGGCCUGGCAGGGAUGGCUUUCCCAUUCCCACUCCCAUCCACACUCCAUCCCUAACCCUGCUGCCUGCCUGGAAUGUGGGAGGGGCACGGCCUCUCUUCCUCUCCUCCUCCUCUCUACUCGGCUGUGGCAAAGAACCAGCACAUCUGUGAAUGUUAUUCUCUUCACGGAUGUCAUCGUUCGGGGAGGAGAGAAGUAAUGUGUGUGUGUGUACAUACCAGAGUCUGGAUUACUAUAAGAAGGAGAAUGUUCUGACUGCCGUACAGUCGUAGCUCUCCAAGCUUCUGGUACUUUGUGUGAAUUUAAGCAGAAAAAACUAGCAGCGCUCAAAUUAAAUGGUGGUGGACUCAUUGUAAUUAUGGUGGUCUAAUCUUGGACUAUGGUCCAGAACACCAGGCUCUGUGGCUUGUGUAUUUGUGCACUGUGUGUCCGUGUGUGGAUAGGCCAUGUGGUGGAUGUGUAGAGUUUAGGGCAGGCUCUGUGUUGUUAGCUGGGGCAGAAACAGUUGUGGGUUCCUGUUAGAUUUGGCUGUGUAAGCCCUGCCUCAACACGACAGGAGAGCACUCAUCCAGGCACGGAAGGAGCCUCACACCAUGAAUGGGGAUAGGGUGAGAGAGGGUUAGGGAGGCUGUCUUUCACUAGGGAGUCUUUCACAUGCCAAUGUGCAUGCCAAACCAAAAUAUAAUACAUUUGUUAAAUCUUGCCUUUGUUUGAUAUUGUCUGCUGCAUAUUUGAAUAGUCAAGUUCCUUUCAUGAUUUUGAAGAGUGUUGAACGAGUUCAGCAUAACAGAGUUCUAUUUAUAAACUCUGGCUUCAAAACAUCAUCUGUCGGAGGAGGAUAUGAGGAUUAAAAUGGAGAUUGCUCAGCUGUUGUUAAACAGUAACUCUGAGAAACUGGAGUGCUCAGUGAAGGUUUAUUCUGCCAAGGCUGGUCUUGGUCAGGUUCCCAUAGCCUUGAUAAAGGGCACUCAUGAGAUUUUGUACGCAGUAGCACUUUUAUGGUUAAAUGAUAUAGAAUAUUCUAUUUUAUUGAGAUAGAGAUGCUACUAAAAAUAAUGUGGCAGCUGUGUCGCUGUAUAUAUACAUGAUUGUGGAAUUUAAGAGUGCACAGUUGUAGACAAAAAUGCAGAGCUAAAAACUGACGUAGGCUACCUAAUAACGAUUUGUGCCAGAUCUCCAUAAUACUCAGGGAGCUGUCCACUCAGUGUGCCAAUGACAUGAAAACUGAAGCAAAGCUCUUGCCUGUGUCUGUCAAUCAGUCUGUCAGUCAGCCACGUGUUCCUAUCAGCCUGAUUUGCCAGUGGAUGGAGGUCUGGAGUCACUCCCCAGUCCCCAGUGGAAGCAGAACGUGUGUGUGUGAGACCUGCUGGUUUGAGCUGGCGGAUGACCGUGGCCGUGUGUGUGGCUCUGCCACAGGGUUGUGGGAAUUAAAUAUUGAUCUGGCUCCCAGCCUGCUAGUGGAACAUGUGACAGGAAGGCCGGCCUGUUUAUCCAAUCAGUCUCCCUCUUCCGUAAAAGCUGGAGUGGAACCAUUGAAUACUGGCCUUCAUUGUCCAGUGACCUCGGAAUAGUCUACUGUACAUCAUCACAUGCAAAUACCACAAGCUCUGUGUGGAUACCAUAUUCAGCACAGAAUUUAUGAUUAGGGUGGCAUUACUUAGAUGUAGUCUGGUCAUAAUCUGUAGUCUGUGAGCGGCUAGAGCUGAGCGGAGCAGGGCUUGGCCACACAGCAGGAGGGCGUGGGUGUGCAGAGCAGGCAGCAUGUUGGGCACUGGGCAGAGCGGGAGCAGUGGGCGGGCACGUUCCUGAUCUCUUACUGUGCUGCCAGCUUCGCCACCCACCAGACAGAGACGCAGUGCCCACACAGUUGUGUGUGCAUGUGUCAGUGUGUGUGUUUUUGCUUUAGGCACGUUUUGUAUUCACAGCGCUGACUCACGUUGGACUUGUGCUUUAGCACCUGUCCUCAAGAAUACAAGUAGGAAAACAAGGAGGAUAAAGCAGAGAGAAUCCUCGCUGUGUGUCUUAAUGAUAGACUACAUGACCAGAAAAAGGAAAAACAGCCCCAGACCAUUAUUCCUCCUCCACCAAACUUUACAGUUGGCACUAUGCAUUGGGGCAGGUAGCGUUCUCCUGGCAUCCGCCAAACCCAGAUUUGUCUGUCAGACUGCCAGAUGGAGAAGCAUGAUUCAUCACUCCAGAGAACGCGUUUCCUCUGCUCCAGAGUCCAAUGGUGGCGAGCUUUACACCACUCCAGCCGACGCUUGGCAUUGCGCAUGGUGAUCUUAGGCUUGUGUGCGGCUGCUCGGCCAUGGAAACCCAUUUCAUGAAGCUCCCGGCAAACCGUUAUUGUGCAGACAUUGCUUCCAGAGGCAGUUUGAAACUCUAUAGUCAGUGUUGCAACAGAGGACAGACGAUUUUUACACGCUACGCGCUUCAGCACUCAGCGGUCCCAUUCUGUGAGCUUGUGUGGCCUACCACUUUGCGGCUGAGCUGUUGUUGCUCCUAGAUGUUUCCACUUCACAAUAACAGCACUUACAGUUGACCGGGGCAGCUCUAGCAGGGCAGAAAUUUGACGAACUAACUUGUUGGAAAGGUGGCAUCCUAUGACGGUACCACGUUGAAAGUCACUGAGCUCUUCAGUAAGGCCAUUCAACUGCCAAUGUUUGUCUAUGGAGAUUGCAUGGCUGUGUGCUCGAUUUUAUACACCUGUCAGCAACAGGUGUGGCUGAAAUUGCCGAAUCCACUCAUUUGAAGGGGUGUCCACAUACUUUUGUAUGUGUGUAUAUGUAUAUAUAUGUAUAUAUGUAUAUAAACUUCCGACUUCAACAGAAGCAGUGGCUUCUUCCUUGCUGAGCGGCCUUUCAGGUUAUGUCGAAAUAGGACUCGUUUUACUGUGGAUAUAGAUACUUUUGUACCUGUGUCCUCCAGCAUCUUCACAAGGUCCUUUGCUGUUGUUCUGGGAUUGAUUUGCACUUUUCGCACCAAAGUACGUUAAUCUCUAGGAAACAGAACGCGUCUCCUUCCUGAGUGGUAUGACGGUUGCGUGGUCCCAUGGUGUUUAUACUUGCGUACUAUUGUUUGUACAGAUGAAUGUGGUACCUUCAGGCGUUUGGAAAUUGCUCCCAAGGAUGAACCAGACUUGUGGAGGUCUACAAUCUUUUUUCUGAGGUCUUGGCUGAUAUCUUUUGAUUUUCCCAUGAUGUCAAGCAAAGAGGCACUGAGUUUGAAGGUAGGCCUUGAAAUACAUACAAAGGUACACCUCCAAUUGACUGAAAUUAUGUCAAUUAGCCUAUCAGAAGCUUCUAAAGCCAUGACAUCAUUUUCUGGAAUUUUCCAAGCUGUUUAAACGCACAGUCAACUUAGUGUAUGUAAACUUCUGACCCACUGGAAUUGUGAUACAGUGAAUUAUAAGUGAAAUAAUCUGUCUGUAAACAAUUGUUGGAAAAAAUUACUUACUGUCCUAACCGACUUGCCAAAACUAUAGUUUGUUAACAAGAAAUUUGUGGAGUGGUUGAAAAACGAGUUUUAAUGACUCCAACCUAAGUGUAUGUAAACUUCCGACUUCAACUGUGUGUAUACAGUGAGGGAAAAAAGUAUUAGAUACCCUGCUGAUUUUGUACGUUUGCCCACUGAAAAAGAAAUGAUCAGUCUAUAAUUUGAAUAGGAGGUUUAUUUGAACAGUGAGAGACAGAAUAACAACAAAAAAAUCCAGAAAAACGCAUGUCAAAAAUGUUAUAAAUUGAUUUGCAUUUUAGUGAGGGAAAUAAGUAUUUGACCCCCUCUCAAUCUGAAAGAUUUCUGGCUCCCAGGUGUCUUUUAUACAGGUAACAAGCUGAGAUUAGGAGCACACUCUUAAAGGGAGUGCUCCUAAUCUCAGCUUGUUACCUGAAUAAAAGACACCUGUCCACAGAAGCAAUCAAUCAAUCAGAUCCAAACUCUCCACCAUGGCCAAGACCAAGAGCUCUCCAAGGAUGUCAGGGGACAAGAUUGUAGACCUACACAAGGCUGGAAUGGGCUACAAGACCAUCACCAAGCAGUUGGUGAGAAGGUGACAACAGUUGGUGCGAUUAUUCGCAAAUGGAAGAAACACAAAAUAACUGUCAAUCUCCCUCGGCCUGGGGCUCCAUGCAAGAUCUCACCUCGUGGAGUUGCAAUGAUCAUGAGGAAGGUGAGGGAUCAGCCCAGAACUACACGGCAGGACCUGGUCAAUGACCUGAAGAGAGCUGGGACCACAGUCUCAAAGAAAACCAUUAGUAACACACUACGCCGUCAUGGAUUAAAAUCCUGCAGCGCACGCAAGGUCCCCCUGCUCAAGCCAGCACAUGUCCAGGCCCGUCUGAAGUUUGCCAAUGACCAUCUGAAUGAUGCAGAGGAGGAAUGGGAGAAGGUUAUGUGGUCUGAUGAGACAAAAAUAUAGCUUUUUGGUCUAAACUCCACUCGCCGUGUUUGGAGGAAGAAGAAGGAUGAGUACAACCCCAAGAACACCAUCCCAACCGUGAAGCAUGGAGGUGGAAACAUCAUUCUUUGGGGAUGCUUUUCUGCAAAGGGGACAUGACGACUGCACCGUAUUGAGGGGAGGAUGGAUGGGGCCAUGUAUCGCGAGAUCUUGGCCAACAACCUCCUUCCCUCAGUAAGAGCAUUGAAGAUGGGUCGUGGCUGGGUCUUCCAGCAUGACAACAACCCAAAACACACAGCCAGGGCAACUAAGGAGUGGCUCCGUAAGAAGCAUCUCAAGGUCCUGGAGUGGCCUAGCCAGUCUCCAGACCUGAACCCAAUAGAAAAUCUUUGGAGGGAGCUAAAAGUCUGUAUUGCCCAGCGACAGCCCAGAAACCUGAAGGAGGAGUGGGCCAAAAUCCCUGCUGCAGUGUGUGCAAACCUGGUCAAGACCUACAGGAAACGUAUGAUCUCUGUAAUUGCGAACAAAGGUUUCUGUACCAAAUAUUAAGUUCUGCUUUUCUGAUGUAUCAAAUACUUAUGUCAUGCAAUAAAAUGCAAAUUAAUUACUUAAAAAUCAUACAAUGUGAUUUUCUGGAUUUUUGUUUUAGAUUCCGUCUCUCACAGUUGAAGUGUACCUAUGAUAAAAAUUACAGACCUCUACAUGCUUUGUAAGUAGGAAAACCUGCAAAAUCGGCAGUGUAUCAAAUACUUGUUCUCCCCACUGUAUCUAUACAUACUUUGAAUUGUUUGCGAUAUCAGACAUAUCACUAUAAUCAGUGUUCAUUUUCGGAAGUUGCUUUCAUUUCAGUGCAUCUAAUUUGUCAACAUUUCAACCGAAGCAAAUUAUUACUUUUUUUCAAUUCCACAAAAAAUGGACACCCAUCAAAAUAAAGUGAUCUUUCUUCUCUUUCUUGUGAUGUAAGUGUUGAGAUGAUGUGUCCCCUGAAGAAGCUUUAGUGUUCUUAUAUAUGCAACGGAAAGACAAUGUAUUCCAUUCAGCCCAUUUCAGACGUUACCGGGGUGUGUUUGACAGGUCAUUACAAACAUUUCCGCGGUUGUAACGUUAAUGAAUGAAAAAGACAGGCACAAGCAAAGUAUGAAAGAGUCGCAGGAGGAAAGUGAAAGCAAUCAAUCCAACGAGAUUUAAGUUACAAGUGGAUUUUGCACCCCUCAAACACAGGAAAUAGAUGGCUGAAAAAGACAGAUCCUCAGGUGGGCGCGGCAUGCGCGUUGCUACAGACGGGUGUUAGCCUUUUGUGUGUCUGAGUGGGCGAACGACAGGAGGGAGUGAUGAGUAUGAUAGACAGGAAGUUCCUUGGUCAGGACACUUUCUGAUUUGUACAGUUUGUAUACUUAAUUUAUAGUCCAAACUACCUGGUUUCUGUGGGUGACUCUGCUGUUUUUCUAGCUCUAUGUAACUGCUGUAGUAUGUGACAGUGGUUGGUUCACUGUCCUCAACAUUUCUUCCGAUGUCAAAUCUUAUUUCAAUGCCAUAGUCAACAAGAAUUCUACAAAGACUAACAGCCCUGGCUAAAGACCUUGAAAAGACACAGAACAUUACUUUCUAUUUGUUGUUCCCCAGAAUAUGAGUGAUGCUAUGGCGGUGCUGCACAAGCUGCAGACGGGGCUGGAUGUCAACGUGAAGUUCACAGGGGUGCGGGUCUUUGAGUACACCCCAGAGUGCAUCGUCUUUGACCUGCUGGACAUCCCUCUCUACCACGGCUGGCUGGUGGACCCGCAGGUGAGAACCCCCCCCCCUUUCAGCCCUCUUUAAAAGUAGACUCAGUGUUUCAUGUAAAUGCACAAAGAAAACAGCAGUAGUGGGUCAAUUUCCGCAAGAACUCAGAGCGUUUAAGCGUGAGGCUGAACUUCUCCGCUGUUUUGGUCCUGUAGCUACCACAUUGUAGCAGCUUGAAGCGAACCCGUGCACAUGCCCAAAUACUCUGUGUGACUGAAAGCAAAAUAUUCCUUCGGGCUCAUUGCAAUAACUGCGGUGCUGCUCACGGCAACAUCAUAACGCCUUUAACCAAUGUAGCUAUUACUAUGAUAUACAGGCAAAUAUAUUGUUAAAAAUCACCUUGUCCUAGAGAGAUUUACAAGGUUAACAAAACAUCACGCCAGGGUAAGCCUACACGAAACACAGCCCUUAUAUGAAGUGUUUCUAAAAUCCCCUAUGGGAAUAAUGAAUGGUGAAAAAACGAUUGGAACCAUUUCCCUGUUUGACCGCUAGGUUUUAUGGGUAUUAUGACAUACUGUGGUACUCUAAAGCCGUUUUGUCAUACAGACAAUAAACCAUCUCCACACAUUAUUUAUGAAAGAAAUGACUUCAGAAUGACUGGUUAGCAUGCAGCUCCUCCUGAGUAUUUUUCUCUUGAAAACAUGACAAUAUGCUCUAGUCAUUUAGCAGACGCUCUUAUCCAGAGCAAUUUAAAGGAGCAAUUAGGGUUAAGUGCCUUGGUCAAGGGCACAUCGACAGAAUUUUCACCUAGUUGGCUCGGGGAUUAGAACCAGCGACCUUUCGGUUACUGGCACAACGCUCUUAACCACUAAGCUACCUGCCGCCCCUCACUGCAUAGUAGAACACAACAAUGGUUGAUGAAUGCUCUCUCUCUCUUCUAUGUUCCCUCCAGAUGGGCGACACGGAGAAGGCAGUGGGUAACUGCAGCUACAACCAGCUGGUGGAGAAGAUAAUCUCCUGCAAACAGUCGGACAGCAGCGAGCUGGCUGGGGAAGGUGGGUGGACCGACCGACUGGGGGGAUGUGUUGCUUUCUUUCUUUCUCUCCGCUGCAUCCUCCCUCGACUACACAUCCCGGGCUGCUUGAUAAGACCGACAUUUCACUCCAUUUCCUCCUUUUGCGCUGAGCAGAUAAACGGAGGGAGCGCCUGGGCUAAACAUUCCUUUGGACGACAGACUUUAGUUGAGCUCUUUUCCUUUUCGUCUCUCUCACGCUGCUCGUAUUGCUCACCCUGGGCAGGUCACAUGUAUUCCUGUCAGAGGCACGUUUUCUUCUGGUUGGAAUGUUUUAUGCUUUUAGCAUCAAGUUUAUUUUUUAUUUUUUAUAUAUACGGGAUACGCAUGGUAUACAUCGUCCAACGAAAUGCUUACUUGCAGGUUCCUUCUCGUUCCUACGAACAUAAAGUAAAUGGCUCAGUAGAAUAGAAUAAACAUUUUAGCAUCAUCACAUAAAUAACCAAAUAACGAAAGAGUGAGUCAGUUAGCGGGGCGGAGAGCUGCAUCUCAGUUUCUCUCAUCCUCUCCAGUGCUUCUCCACCGUCUGUCUAGUUGUCUCCUUGUCUUAGUUAGAAUAUCACCCUGCCUCUCCCUGUCACAAUACAACUCUGUCUAUAUCUCUCUCUCUCUCUCUCUCUGUGUCUCAGUCUAUAGGUCAGUGUGUCUAUCUCCUGGUCCGUCUGUACAUCACUUUGUAUCAGUCUCUAAGUCUUUGUCUGUAUGUCAGCCUGUCUAUCAUUGUCGGUCUUGUGUGUCUGUCUGUCUCUCACUGACUCACUCUAUCUCCUGACUUCUCUCUCUCUCCCCCCCCCCCUCUCUAUGCCUGCAGGCUUUGUAGCGGAGCAGUUUCUGCACAGCACGGCCACCCAGCUGACGUACCACGGCCUGUGUGUGCUCACGUCCACCGUGCAGGAAGGAGAGCUCUGUGUGUUCUUCAGGAACAACCACUUCAGCACCAUGAUCAAGUUCAAGGUGACUGACCACUAAAAUCAUUGCCAAGCCUUUAUCCACUGGUUAUGACAAAUGGGGCCUUGAAAUACUGUUUACUGUGAAUGGUUCUUCCUUACUUUCCUCUACUACAGCGUCCCCUAACCACCAUCCAUUAUGAACAAAACAAGUCAAGUCUGCCUUGUCCUCUUAGUAGUGGGAAAGGGUGUUUUAUAAAUUAAUUGCACAAUGUUACUGAAUUCAUAUCACUCAGUCCCAGAUAAGCCUUUAUUUCAAAUGUAUAGCUAACUUCCGGAUCAGAUCACCCCAUUGUAUGUAUGGUGGGUUGUUGACACAUGGGACUUUCUUUCAUCCAAGUCUUUCCAACCAUCUGUUAACAGCUGAGCACUGGUAGUGCAUUCCCCUCUCCCCGUCCUCCCCCUCCCAAUAGAGCUCCCCACACCCCAGUCCCAGGUUAUGUAAUGUUCAGUACACAGGGUUCUGUGGCUGGGGUGAGGGCAUAAAUACAAAUGCCCCUAGGAGCAUGGCAGACACGUGAUGGGGACCUAUUCAGCACCUAGAGAGUUUGAAUCCUAUCUACGAUGGUUUCAUCCGCCUUGUGCUCCCUCCCCUUAUCACUGCAGCUGGGACAGGCUCUUCCUGUUAUCUAUAGCAGGGCAAGUGGUGCAGACCUGUCUGUGUGUGUGUGUGUGUGUGUGUGUGUGUGUGUGUGUGUGUGUGUGUGUGUGUGAGCAUGCUUGCCAAGUGAAGCAAGCUGUGUGUAGCAUGCAUGACCCCAAGAGAAAUGCUUACCAGUACCAAAGCCACCCUCCUUUAAACACACACACACACAGAGAGACUCAUUAUUCCGGGUGUAACCUACUACAGGAAUAAGAGGGUGUGUAGAUGUGUUUGCUGGCAGUGAUAAGACGUGUGUGUGUGUGUAUAACGUGUGUGUCUCUGUGUGCUCAGGGCCAGCUGUACCUCCUGGUGACAGACCAGGGCUUCCUGACGGAGGAGAAGGUGGUGUGGGAGAGCCUACACAACGUGGACGGGGAUGGCAACUUCUGUGACUCUGAGUUCCGCCUGCGACCCCCGUCAGACCCAGAGACGGUGUACCGCGGACAACAGGACCAGAUAGACCAGGUCAGACCACUAGACCACUACCCUAAUUGGGCUCUCUGAUCCAAUUCCACUUCAUUAAUGGGAGCAAUGACAAACAAUGCUGAACACCCAUCUAGCUUAAUCAUGGCAGCCAUUUCGCACUAUUGGGUUCCCCACAUAUCUCUUGCAGAGGAUGUAUACCAGUCACAGUGCAGCAUUAUAAACACACUAGGUCAGGGUGAGUCACAAUGACAGAGUGUACCUGAAGAUAAACAGAGUGGAUUGUAUAAAGGGUACAGUAAAUAUUACACACAUCCUCUCUCUCUGGGCUCUGUUUUCCCCGUGGCUUCCUAGCCUGCUCCAUCUGCACUCAGCUCUACCCUGGAGAAGUAGCAGGGGAAAGAUGUCCCAAUAAUAGAUGUUCAAAGCUCCCCUGCUCUCCCGUUAACCCCCCACACACACUCAGGGUUUUGAUGUCUGAAUGCCUGAUCAGGAGAUGACCGUGACAUGUGGCGCCUCUCUCUGUACUGUGCUGCAUCACGCUGCACUUCGAUUGGCUGUUUAAUAAUGCAUGAUGUGGUUUGUGUCCCCUGUGCAGCCGACAGCUGAUUGGCUGUCCCGUUAGGCCUGGUGGCAGGGCUGCCCAGCAGCUUGUUCGUCUGCCAGGGUCCACAUCACCACCCUCACCCAGUACAGAGAGGGAGGGAGUCAUCACUACUCACACACUCAUCCACUCAGACCCAGACACUCUUAUGCUUGAGAGGGCAUAUCAUAGCCAACAAUUAAGACAAUCUGCUGCUGCACUCAGGAAAAGAUUGGUUUCACUCUACAUGAGGGUUAUGAAUGAAUAAAUAGGUGUUUAGCCCUGACUUUAAAAUGGGUGGUGUUUUGUAGUUUACAACUAGGCUUACUUAACCACUUGGCAGUGGCACAUCACUCUGGUAACAGUGUAAACACCAUGAAGUGAAACGCAUUGACCUGGUCCUAUUUUCUCUUUCUCUUUCUCUCUCUCUCUCUCUGAAUGCAGGACUACCUGAUGGCGUUGUCGCUGCAGCAGAGUCAGGACCUGCAGUGGGAGCAGCUCCCCGAGGGCAUCAGUGACCUGGAGCUGGCAAAGAAGCUGCAGGAGGAGGAGGACCGCCGAGCCUCCCAGUACUACCAGGAACAGGAGCAGGAGCAGGCUGCCGCAGCACGAGCACAG